CAAGAAAGGGAAGCGAAAAAAAGAGGAACGGAUAUACGCAUCGCCUCGAUAUUUUAUUUCACCACAUGUCUAACAACGGCCCAUAUAUUCUCGAUCGUUGCUAACCUCGCCUCGCCUUUCUUUGCUUUCAGGGAUUUGCGACCGGUUAGCCUGGAAAAAGGGCAGGAGACCCUCAGACUUCGGGUCUAUGCCUGUUACGCCUGGGGUGGGCCCCUGCUGGUCGCCGGCUUGGCGGCUCUUCUGGACCAUCUUCCGUCGCAGCCUCAAUAUACAUUCCUGAGGCCCCGCUUCGGCGAGAAGCAGUGCUGGUUCUACGGUGACAUGGAAAUUCUGGCGUACUUCUUUGGACCGGUCGGAGUGCUCUUGGCUGUAAAUCUUCUGUUUUUCGCCGUAACUGCCCGUGAAUUGACGUGUGGUCUCUGGAAAGGCGAAUUCGUAAAAAGCACCACCGAAAGAGCGACGCUGGGCCGCAUAUGCAUGAAACUGGUGAUCGUAAUGGGUGUUACCUGGGUGGCGGACGUGAUCUCAUGGGCUGUCGGCGGGCCUCUGUACAUCUGGUACUUCACCGACUUGAUAAACGCCUUCCAAGGGGUGCUGAUUUUCGUGGCGGUCGGUUGCCAGCCGCAAGUCAGAGCGGCGCUCAAGAGACUCUUCAGCAGAAAUCCACAGACGAACGCCGGACGGCAGGGUAACGGGCACAGCACGACUAGUCACGGGAUGCCCAGCAUGGGCGACAGCGUUACCCAGAAUCCGAGCACCAAGAUUGCGCCAUUGGAGACCAUCUGUUAAAGUGGUUUCCUUUCGCGGAAAGAAUUUUUCCAUCCUUUUGUCGAAAGUCGUUUACACAUGUUCGCACAUACACACAAUCGAAUGACACGAAUUGUCACGUUAAUUUAAAAUUGAUGCGAAGUCCUUGAGAAUAUAUAUGGUAUGGUUAACAUCUCACGUUUAUGAGCAAAAGCGUGAUAAGUGACGUAGGCUUUCUUUUUCGCGAGCGAGACAUCACGCGGAACCACCGGAAAGAUCUUUAUUUCGGGCCGUAAUCGAUCGGAGAAUAUUUCUGCAGAAUCGAUUUAGUAAAAGAAUUGUCUUGCGUCACAGGUCUGUUGACCUGUAAAGUUUAAAUCCCGCUGGAAGUAUCGACAUUUUUCUGACAAUAGACAAAUCCGCAGGAAGUCCGCAUGAUCUCUAAAGGAUACCUGAAGAUAGAGAAAUAGUCAGUUGAAUGCGUUUCAAGUAUAGGUAUUUAGAACUUUCAUAUUUGAGUUUUCUUGCAAAACGCGAUAACGUAUAUUUUGCGCAAUCAAAUAAUAUAAUAAAGGAAGGGGGAGAAAUUACGCGAAUUUUCUCUCCCCUAUCUAGUCGUAAAAAUUUUGCUGCAUGGACAUGAAGAUACAACAUUUUUGAGAUCGUUAUUUAAUUUUAAUUAUAGAGAGAGAGAGUAUUAAAAAUGACAUGUAUGAGAUAAAAUUACUUCAAAUCUUCCUGUCACACACGGACUAUUCGAUGAAUACGCAGUCAUUUUAAUUUUUCAUUUACAACAUGACUUGCCGAAUGAAAUACAAUUGGAAAAUCGGCAAUGUACUGUAAUUAUCUGAAAUCUCGCUAAGUGUCUAGAUUGUUUUGUUUGACCAGGAUUUAACCACACAUAAUUAUCAGAUUGUACAAAACGAGCGGCGAUACGGUUCGCCUUAAUCACUGAAUUUGAGAAAACUGUAUAACACACUUGCCCUGACAAAGAUAGAUCACGAAAUUUCGCUGACGAAAGAUCGAGAACGUUAAUUGUCUAUUCCUGUUUUGGUGCUGACGGAACACACCACGCGAUCCAUCUUUUCUGACGUAAGCAAUUACUCAUUGUAUGGGUAUCGCAAUUAGAAGCGACUCUUUGGAACAUGAUAUCAUUGAUCUCGUGAUAGAUAGUGCAAAUUUUCGAACAAAUGAGAUAUAUAGUAUUGAGAACUAAAAAAUAGUGCAGAAAGAUAUUUCAACUUUACACGUGAAGUUUUUUGAAUUAUAAUAUUUUUAUCUAUAGCCAACGCAACUUUUCCGCGCACUGAAAGUACCUAUAUUCGCAACAAGACAUUAUAUAGGUAUGUCUGUAUAAUUAAUAUAUCACGAAAAAGUGUAAAAUGAUUGAAAUUCCGACAUUAAUGCACAGAUAUCUAGAAAUAUCUUUUUGUCCAUCUAAUACGAAAUGUUUCAGAUUUGUAUUUCUAAUUCGUGAAUGAUUGCUUAGCGAUUUAGGAAACGCCGCGAAACGUCCAACUCCACGCAGCUUCGAAAAUCAAUUGUGAUACAAAUCACUCAUAAAUCAAAGUUUAAUAGCGAUACGCGGCUAAACAGACAAUGACGCGCACUCUUCGGACCUCGGUAAUGGCCUGAAACAAUGCGUUGAUUUAUGAUCGAGGCGAGUUAAUAUUUUUUCCUCACCGGACAACGAUAUUCAUUGAUAUUAAUAAUAUCGGCCCACACGACGGGCGCAAGUAUCUCCGCAAGAUUAAUCACUUUUAAUAAUAGACGAUACAAUAGAGUGUCAUUGUCGCCGCUCGCUCGAAAAUGAAAAUUACACUACGCCACGUAUAUAGACAAUUUUGCGUUCUAAAAUUAUUUCGCAAUUUUGCGGCAGAUAAUUUUUGUGAAAAUCUCUCUAUAAAUCUUUUAUACUUUAUACCGAUUACACAAUUUAUACCAUGUAUAAUCUACCAUUUAUUAUAAAAAGUAUCGAAAACACAAUUUUGAUUGUAAUGAGAGAAAUAUUACAUCUGCCAUAACAUUACAGCAUAAAAUAUUAACGUCUAAUGAGAUAGAGCAUCCAGAAUGCAAUUUCUUUUUUUUAUUUAUUGUUAGUAAUAAUUGUUCUCUCGAGACGAAAAUUUGAAACGAAACGGCGAACAAUCUCGCCUGCUCGCAUUCAUUACCUCGUAUUAUCAAAGGACGAUCGGGGUUCAUCAUGAAUUUCCUUCCGAGUCUUCCUGCUUUUAUUAUUCAUCGGAUGUUAUCGAAUUUGGAAGCAAUCGUUUUUCCGUUUUCUUUAGCAUAAAUUUACAUCGGCGUCGUUAGCCGAUUCGAGAGGACGGUCACUAGCUGACAUUAACAUGUAACACGCAUACACAUAUACAUACAUACACGCACAUUGUAGCUUUCGAGCUACAAUUUAUCACUGAUCAGCUGCGGACAGUUGGUACCGCAUGUAAAAAAGCUCCAUUGCAUUGCGUGCUACGUGAGAUGCAUAUAAAAAGGUUUAGCGAACAAUUCGCAUACACACAAUUUAUCGAUGUGUGCGUUGCUUCGCGCAUGAAUAAUCCGUUUAUGCGAUCGUUCGAAGUUGGAUCGUCCAACAUUUGUUUAUCGAAUCAUUUUUAUAUAAAAGGAAUCAAGCGCGACAAUUUUUGAAUUGAAAUGAAAUUGUUUAUGACAUAAAAUAUUAUAUAUAUAUAUAAAAAUUUUCUUUGUUUUUAAAAAA